AUGGAAUUCAAUAAGUUCAGAAUUAGAAGCUAUGAAGGUCAAUCUGAUAGAGCUCAAGUUGAAAUUCUAGAGAGAAAAUGUGAAGUAGGACCUUCAGAAAGUGUGUUUCUCUUCACAGACACUAUGGGUGACCCUAUUUGUAGGAUUCGAAACAGUCCCAUGUACAUGAUGCUGGUGGCUGAAUUGGACAAUGAAUUGGUUGGUGUCAUUCAAGGCUCAAUAAAAGUUGUAACAGUUCAAGGACAUCCACCAAAAGAUUUGGCAAAAGUAGGGUAUGUCUUAGGCUUAAGGGUAUCAAGAAAUCAUAGAAGAAAAGGAAUUGGUUCAAGCCUAGUAACAACAUUAGAAGAAUGGUUCAUUUCAAAUGAUGUGGACUAUGCAUACAUGGCAACAGAGAAAGAAAAUCAUGCUUCAACAAAUCUCUUCAUAAACAAAUUUCACUACACAAAAUUUAGAACACCAUCUAUUCUUGUUAACCCUGUGAACCAUCAUUCAUUUAAAAUGUCAUCCAACAUUGAAAUAUCAAGGUUGAAAAUUGAACAAGCUGAGUCACUCUAUAGAAGAUUCAUGGGGUCCACAGAGUUUUUUCCUAAUGAUAUUGGAAAUAUAUUAAAAAAUAAGUUGAGCUUAGGGACAUGGAUGGCAUAUUUUAAAGAUGAUAUUAAUAUUGGGCCUAAUGGACAAAUACCAAAAAGUUGGGCUAUGCUUAGUGUAUGGAAUAGUGGGCCAUUUUCAGGAAAGCUAGUGAGAGCUUUGUGUCAAUUUGUGCACAAUAUGGCUAAAGAGAAUAAAGAUGACAAGGUUAAGAUUAUUGUGACUGAAGUUGGAGGAAGAGAUGAACUCAAUCAUCAUAUUCCACAUUGGAAACUACUUUCUUGCCCUGAGGAUUUGUGGUGUAUAAAGGCAUUGAAAAAUGAAGGACUUUCAAUCAAUACAUUUCAUGAAUUGACCAAAACAUCACCAACAAGAGCUCUUUUUGUAGACCCAAGAGAGGUUUAA